UGCGCGUCGUGCGGGUUGCAGCAUCUCUCCUCUCCGUUCGGUGUUGCUGAUUUUAACAUGGGAGAGAUAUAAGCUUCGGGCAAAAUGACACCAGAUGACGCAGUUGUUACAAUAAAUUACUCGAGCCAAACUUAUAGAUGCAGCAAAAAUAUCAUUUCCAAGGCCAAUGCAGGAUUAAUUUAGAAAUCUUUUGCGAAUUUCAUCCUUUCUAUUUAUUCAAAAUAUAAAUAUUGGUGCCAUGUGAAGUCAAAAAUGAUGAAAAUUUACUGAAAAAAGGUUAAAUCGGGUUAAAUAAUAAAAUAUAAUCAAAUAACUUUUAAACUAUCUACAAUUUCCCGGCUACGAUUUUCCUGCACGACGAUUGGUCAAAUUUACUCAACUCUCUUGAUUUUUCAGGGACUCCGCCCAUCACCAUCUGUUAAGCUGGUCGGGGUAAAAUUUACGAAAAUUUAAUUUAUCGCAAAUUUUAUUAGCAACUUUAGCCUCAAAUUAUAAUUUCCCAAGCGAAAUAUGCGCUUGUUCUUAAACACCCUUUAGAUUAGAAAACGCUCGCGCAAAAAUGGAGUGCGAAAAUGGUGAAGUGAUGGCGAAAGAGGACGAUGAAAAUCCUUCGACUUCAAUAGACGAGCUCGACUGUCUUCGAGAGAAGGUCAAGAAGCUCGAAGAGGAAAAGUACAAAAUCCAGGACGAAUUUGGUCACCAGCGAGCCAAAAUGAAAGAGUUGUUUGUGCAGAAAGAAGUCCAAUGGCAGAAAGUGAAUGAAGAAAACUCGAAGCUCAGGGGGGACAUGCUGAAAAUGGAAACGGAACUUGGAGAGGCCAAAAGUCAACUGCUCGCAAUUGGAUUUCAGCAGGAAACUGAUCUUUUAUCGGAGCAGCAAAAAUGCCAAAGUGAAAUCGCCUCUCUGCAACAGCUCAUACAAGAAACUGUUGAAGAGAGCAGCUCAUCUCGAAGUAAAUACGAGCAGAAAAUCAAACAACUCCAGGAGGUGAACAAGCAGCUAGACUUGGAGCUUCAGAACGUUCGCUCAGGCCCCAUGGACAUGAGCUUGUUGGGCGACGGCGUCUCAAACGUGCUCAACCCACUGACUGCAGUCACAAAGUCUUUGGCACGAAGAGUCGUCAGUCUGGCGCCCACGUCAACCUCUUCAAUCAUUCCACAAUCCAGUCUGGUACCUAGACCAUCCUCUCCACCCAAAACAUUAACCAAUGAACACAGCAACCUAGAGGAAUGCAUGAGAAAAGCUCAAGAGGACGCUGCAAUGCUGAGGUCACUUGUUAUCCCCUUGGAGCAAGAAAUUGACGCUCUCAAAGGCAAACUGAGGCACACGGACCAAGAUCUGCAGUGGUUUUAUGCCAAUACAAAAAUAAGACCUCCUAAUGCUGAAUCAAGUGCCAUUCAGGAAAGCACACCUGUUGUAGAAAGUGUAGAGCUCAUGAAGACUUCAACAAGUAGCGAACACAUUCAGAGAGAACUGGCUUCCCCGGGAGGUGCCAAAGCAGAUGUGUCGUGCGACAUGUGUGCCAACUAUGAAACCCAGCUGCAGAUGGUGCAGAAACAAGUGUUGCAGCUGGAUGCCGAGAAGAAACUGGUGCAAAGCGCUGCAGACCGGUAUCGAGAAGAUCUCAACAAGGAAACUGAAUAUCGAAAGGAAAUGGAAAACAAGUGGAGUGAGAAAAAAGAGGAGCACAAGAAACAUGUUGAGCGUUUGACUGGCCAGGUGAACGAGGCGGAGCAGAUGCUUUUGCAGAUCAGACAGGCCUUUGACCUGGCAAGGUCAAUGUUAGAGAGCAGGUUCUCCAGCCUGGCUGCGGAGCAUGAAAAAGUGCACGCCAGUUUGAAAGAAAUUCAAGAUGAAAAUGAAAAGUUGGUCGGGAAGUAUUGCAAAAUGGCCGAGGAAAUGCAAGACGAAUGUAUAAACUUGCCUGACGCGGUUGAUGAGUUACAAGAAAUGUUGUUAUUGAUGAGGGAAGACUUGAUUACAAGUUCAGUUGGCAAGGAAAGAGCAGAAGAGCAACUAAACGAUGUUCGAUCAGAAUUGGAGCUCACAAGGAAUGAGUUACGAGAGCAGCUGAAAGCAUUCUCUGAUGAAAACAAAAAAUUAAGACUUAUUGCUGAGGAGUACAAGGCGGUCAAAGCUGCUGAGCAAGCUUCACAAAUUAUCAUUGCAGAGUUCAAGAAGGAACUGGAAGAAACAAAACGUGGAAAGGCAGCGGCUGAGAAGUUGGAGCAAGAGCUUCGUAAUCGAGUAGCAUCAUUGCAAGAAGAUUUGGAAAACAACGAAGCGACGCAGCAAGACUUUGUGCAGUUGUCACAAUCCUUGCAGAUGGAGCUGGAAAGAUUACGUGAGGCUGAAAAGGAAGUUCGCUGGCAACACGAAGACGACGUUGAUGAAUGUCCAGGUUGCAAGCAGCAGUUUUCCGUUACGAGAAGGAAGAGGAACUGCAAGCACUGUGGCCGAAUAUUUUGCCCGAGCUGUUUACCCCACCAGGUGCCGAGUGGACCCCGUCAACGGUUGAACAAAGUGUGCGCUGUGUGCCAUACUUUGUUGGUGAGAGACUCGGCACCAUACUUCAGCAAACGCCUGCCACACACACCUGACUAGUGAGAGGUGCUGGAAGUGUGACCAGAUGGUUCUGUGAUACAAAAAAAAAAUGACUCUGCGUGGUCCCAAUUCCUGAGCCCCUAUAUUAGCCUUUUUCUUCUUAUGAAAUCCGAUCAGACAUUACCCUAAGCAAAUAAAUUAAUCAGUUGCGAGUCAACAUAGUUGCAAUGCCACCGACCAACCUCGCGGCGGAUCUGCAUAUAUUUCACGCGGAUUAUCUCCUAUUUCAAAUUAAAGCGAUAUCUCUUAUUGUGAAAUUUAUUGCAUGUUAAAGUUCUAAUAAAAAGAACGUUUCGAUCACGGA